AUGCCCGAGACGGACGAGAUGUAUGAGCACGCGGGGCGCUCUCAGCAUGAUACACGCAAGCCUGCCCGGUCGGGCUCACGAAGCAGUGCGCUCGCGUUGAUUCAGGGCCGCCGAUGGCGAGAUACCUCCAAACGGCGAAGACCCUCUGGAUGGAGAUUGUCAACCUGGUGGAUAGCGCUGGGAUGUCUAAUUUGGGGCGCAUCCCCGGCCGCCGCCGCGUUGCUGAAUUUCGACAACUGCUUGAGCAAAACAAUCCUCGAAUCAGACCCGCUGCAGCUGCAAUUCAUCCCCCUUGACGUCGGCGUCACGUUUAACCUGAGCGACCCACUACAUCCGCUGAAUGUCACGGUCUAUGGAAAUGUGUCCGGUACGGCGGAUGGGUCCACUGCGCCAGCGUGGAAUAGCUCCUCGUGGACGAAUUCCAACGACACUGUGGGCAAGAUUGUCGACCUCAGCAGCUCCAACAACAAAUGGACGACCUUGCUGACCUCAUUCAAUGUGCUGAGCUUCACGCCCUGGCACAAUGCCUCGCGAUUCUGCGAGUCCCUCACCCAUGGCGAUUGCCCGCUGGGCCCCGUCUUCAAUUACAAUCUGAGCGAUGUGACGACCCUGGAUGCCUUUUCCGUUCAACAUGACAUGGUCUCCACCUAUCGAUUCUCGACCAUCACGCCGACUCUGCUCAUUCGAUCUGGCGAUGCCUCCGCGGCCGAGUUGGCCUGUAUCAGUGUCCCGAUCACACCCGACUUUGGCUCCCCGCUUAAAAAUGCCCUGGCCUAUGUUCCACUGAUCAUUUUGCUACUGGUUGGAUUGACCACCAUCCUGGCUGCGAUAUACAGCCCUUGGGGAACCACCGAUAUCUUCCGAUGGACCAGUAACUAUGGUCGCGAUGAGGAUGUGCUGCGACUGGUGACUCCGGGCUUCGCAGACUGUCUGCAGUACUUGCAAUUCGUGGUGCUGACGGGCUCCUUGUCGUUGGAAUAUCCUGGAUUCUUCCAGCCGGCUGUAAGCCAUGGCUCUUGGUCGGUCCUGAUGUUUAACCAGAGCUUCGUCCACCCGGAUGGCGGCUAUGACCCCAUAGUGGACGGUGUAUACGCAGUCAAUGGAACAUACGGACUCGACCGGAUGACCCAGUUGGUUGGAAUGGCCACCACGCAAGAUAUUUGGCCUGGCGCGAUGGUGUGGCUUCUGGUUAUCUUGGCCAUCAUCACAAUUAUCACCCAGAUUGGCUUCGGAUUGCGCUGGCUUCACCGAGAGCUCGCCCAUAGCACGGAACAGGAUCUUCGUGCCAAAAACAUGCCAUUCACCGUGGGAAACAUCAUUCGCAUCGUUUUCAACUACCUUUUCCUCCCUAUCGUCUCCCUCUCCUUUUUCCAGCUCGUCGUCGCCCGGGGUUCUCCGGUAUAUAGUGUUGCCCUAGCUGCGGUAGUGAUCCUCGUGGUGAUCUGCUUCUCCGUCUGGCUGGUUCGCGUUAUUAUCUCCACCCGACCCAAGUCGCAUCUUUUCGACGACCUCCGGACUGUACUCUUGUACGGACCCCUUUACAAUACAUACUGCGAUGAUGCGGCUGCAUUUGCCAUGGUUCCGAUUUUCCUGAAUUUCGCCCGCGGAAUCGCUAUUGGAGCCCUGCAACCUUCCGGGAUUGCUCAGGUGGUCCUGUUGGCUAUCUGUGAAGUGGUCUCUGUGUUGACACUGGUAGCCUUCCGCCCAUUCCCAGGACCUACACAUAUGAACCUCUACCACUGUCUCUUCUCGUUCAUCCGAUUUCUCACUAUCAUUAUGAGUGUGGUCUUUGUUCCCUCGCUGACUGUUUCGUCUGCGGCGCGUGGUUGGAUUGGUUACGUGAUUCUUGUCUUGCAUGCCUUGGUUCUUAUUUUUGGAUUCUUCCUCAGUGCACUACAAACGCUGAUUGAGGUCUUGGCUCGACUUGCGGGUGCCGGUGGUACGACUCGUGGAGGCCUGGUGAAGGUCUUUGGAAUGCGGCAGCUCUCACGACGAGUGCCCCGACAGGAUAUUGCGCGGCAGAGCAUGGGUUCCGAAGCUGCCAUGCUCGCUCACCACGACGAUCGUAUGUCAUCUCAGUUCGAUGGGUCUCGUCCGCGCAGUUUGUCAGGCAGCUCGGCUCUCCUCUUAAAUCGUGCGACGGCUAGCGAAGGCCGCGCCAGUGCGAUACUUGAUUACGCCAGUUCGCAGGGUGGCGGGACGCACAGCCGUGCCCCGAGUGCCGGAUUAUAUGCGCAAUCUCCGACAGCCUACACCGGCGCCGGGGGAUACUCGAGUGGCUCGCCCAGUAGUAGCACAUUUAUUGGUGCGCAUCCUCGUGAUCCUUACUACCGACCGCCUCGGCCUGGAGGUCGACGGACUCCGCAAGGUUCUUCCAUAGAUCGGGGCAAGAGAAACUCUCGCACCUUUCUAAAAGGCAAUCGAAUUGCUGCCGAGGAAGAGGACCUUGGCGAUGGACCUCCAAUGUCCGGCCGCAAUACUCCCGUGCCGGCGUACAUUCCAGCGCCGAAAGAUGACAUGGAGAUGGACGACACUCAACAGAGAAAGGAUUAUGCAGUUCGCGAGGUUGACUUUUAUUACCGAGUUCGCGGUCCACCUCUCUCUCAUACCGGCACUCGCAAGCUGAAGACGGGUCCUGCUGAUCCUACAGGACCAGUCUCCUCCGCGACCGGUUGGUUCCGCAACUUGUUCCAAGGCAAGACCAAGGACAAGGGCAAAGGUUUCGAGGUUGUUCGAAGCGCCAGGGCCCCUCCUCCGGGACUCUUCCCUGAAGGUGACUACAAUGAACCAUAUCACGAUGAUCUAGAAGAUCCUGCGACUGGUAAUCACUCGCGUAAUGUGUCUUUGUCUGCCGCCGAAGCUCCAUACCGAGACUCGGAAGGUGGAGAGCAUGAACCUAAACAAUCCAGCGAUGGCAUGGCCCCGGUCCUCCCGCAGCUCAACUCCAUCGGCAGUAUUGAGCUCCCUAGUCGAGUUGGAUCUCGGCGCACACAAGCAGCAGAGCCUGGCAUUGAGGCAGCCGAAGGUGGAGAGUCCAUUUUACCGGCAGUGACCGAGAGCUCACCUCAACCAGCAACUCUCACAGACCAACCUCAUUCCGAAUACUUGCAGCCAGAGUCAUCUCCUGCCACAGCACGCCUCCCGUUCAGUGGUAGCAGCUCGCCGUCUAGGGAACGUGGUCUUUCAGUAGCAUCCACUUCCGGCGGCUCGCUAACUUCCAGUCAUAAAACUGGCCGCGAAGGCAGCCGCAGCGAAAGACCCUCAAGCAUGGGUUACGUCGCUCAGCAUCGCGCGCACGAUAACAUCCACGAAGCCAGUCCCGAUGAGCCGUCUUUCGCAGGCAGUGCAGCUGAAUUGGUUGUCGAGCAACUACACGAUGAGCACUAA